CGGCGUGCCGCGGGGGGCGUGGCUGGCCGCCGUGCCGGGCGCUGCGGGGCCGCGCCGAGGCGCAGGCGGAGGUGGCGGUGUCGCUGCGCGCGGCCCGGCACGGCUCGCCCGCCCACCGGCACCCGCAGCCAUCUUGAAACUAUGUGGAAAUGGGGUAGUGGAGGUGAUUCUCCUUCCAAAGCAGAAGCUGCGGGCUCACAAGAUGCAAGAAGCAUGUCGGUGACAGAUUUGACUGAACAGCUGGCAAGUACUGAGCAGCUGGUAAUACAGCUAAAGGAGCUUGUCCGAGAGAAGGAUGCUGAGCUUCGAAAUAAAGAUCAUCAGUUAAAGGAGGAGAAGGAAUCUGCUGAUGCCAAACUUUCCAAAGUGAAGCUGCAAAACAAAGCCAAGGUUGCAUCGUUAACCUCACAACUGGAAGAACUUAAGAAACAGUUAACAGCAUCAGGAGGCUUGGAGGAGAAAGCAGAACAAAAAAAGGCAUCAAGAGAUGGUGACCAGGAAAAUGCUGCAGCAAAUCGUGGGAAAAUACUGGUGCUGAGAAAGAGAAUUGAAGAACUAGAAUCCCAGAUCACGCAAAAAAAUGAAGAGUUACAAAAAAAGGAUGCUGAAUUGGAGGCUCAGCGCUAUCGGGGAACUGAAAUGGAUGCCAUGCUGGCAGAGAAAGAAAAGAAGUUAGCUGAAAGAGACGCCUAUAUCAUCGAUUUACAGAUAGCAUGUGGAUCAGGUGGUGUUACAAAUGAAGUACUCUUGCCCAAUGAAGAGCUGAAGAACGAGCUGUCCAUUAAAGAAUCAUCACUACAAAGCAUGCAGAUUCUUGUUCAGCAACUUAACAAGAAGGUUGGAGACAGUGAAGAAAAAUGUAGCUUGUUCCAGGAAGAGAUUGAGACUCUUAAAAAUAUUCAGAACAACGAAAGAGAACGUUUCCAAAAAAUGGAAACUACGUAUAUAGAAAAUGUACGUGUGCUUCAAAAUAUAGUUCUUGAAAAGGAAAAGGAGCUCGAAGCACAGGGAAAAAAACAUGAGCAGGAGCUCUUUAAGUUAGCUGCUAAAUCUGAUGCAAGUGCUGACUUAGAACAGCUACUAAAGGCCUUGAAGCAGAAGCUCCAUGAAAAGGAAGAAGUGAUGCUGGGAAGAACACAGGUGAUAGACGUGCUGCAAAAAGAACUGGAUGCCAAGGACCAGGAAUUGAAAGAGAUUAAUGAAAAUAUGAAACGUCUUCUGUCUGAAAAAGAAAACCUCCAGUCUAAACUGGAUGCUGAGAGACAUGUAUUAAGAGCCCAGAUAAAAGACAUGAUGGAGAAACACAUGCUUGAAAUGACAAAAGUCAGGGAGAAGUACGAUGCUGAACUGAAUGAAAUUCAAGAGAAACAUGAAACUGAGCUGCAAGAGAAAGAUAAGGCUCUGUUUCAACUCAAGAAACAAGUGGCAGAAUUAAGUGAGCAGACUAACUCAAAAGAUGUUGCAGAUCUGGAGUCUACAGCCAAAGAGAAAAUGGAAGAAUUAGAAGUGCAAUUGAAAUUGAAGACAGAAGAGGCCAGCAAAUCAGAAGCUAAGUUUCUGAAAAUGAAGGCUUGGUCUAAGUCAAAAAUCAAACAGCUGGAAGAUGAGCUGAAAAAUUUUUCUUUGAAGAAUAAUGAUCUGUCUGCCUUGAACAACCGUGUGUCAGAAUUAGAAGUUGAAAAGGAAGAACUGGAAUUAAAACUUCAAUCGUUACAUGAAAUCAGAACUCAAAAUGAAGAAUUACUAACUAAGCUGGAAGUCUAUGAAGAACAGCAAAGGAAGUUGCAAGCUGAUCUUGACCAAGUUACGAAGAGAGCAGCUUCACAGGCCAGUGAAUCGGGUAGUGUGGAUGAAUUGCAGAGUCAGCUCUUGGAAUGGCAAGAAAAUGUUCCAGAAUCAGAGGAGUCACGUGAACAAGUCAGAGAAGAGAAAUCUGCUAUGGCCUUGAGAAUGGCUCAGAUUGAGGAGGAGAGAGAAGGACUGAUUGAGGAUGACUGGUUCUUUCCUGGCUGCUCUGAUCCAGCCAUAGUCUCAGGGCAACAGGAGCUGGAGGAGGAACUGACCACAGUUCAAGGAAUGGGCAGGCUGGAUCAGGCGGGAAGAAAAAGCAAUCAGACCAACAGGAAUCUUCAGGAAGAAUACAGCUUUGAUAGAAAACAAUGCUUUCAAGAAGCACUGAAUGUCACCUUGGAUAGCACUGAUUCAGCUGAAGGAGAAAAUAUGGGAGGCUUACGGAGUGUAGUUGAAGAGUUGGAAUUGGAAAGAAAUCAACUGCAGGAGCAAAUUCUGUUUCUAGAAGAACGUUGUCAGAAUUUGGAAGAUAGAUUGCAGCUUCAAGGUAGAAUGGAAGCUCUUCAGGUAACGUUUGAUGUAAAGGAAGAAGGGCAGCUAUUGAGGGCGGUACAGAAUGAAAAUGAACGUUUGCAAACUCAACUCACGCAGUUACGCAACCAACAGAGUCGAGAUGCUGAAAAGCAUCAAAUUCUGAUCUCUGGCUUGAAUGAGCAGCUAAAAGGAUUGAGUGACAGAAAUAGCUUCCUUGAAACUUCACUUGGAGAAAAAGAAGAGAAACUGCUAAGCUUAACAGAAAAACUAGAACAAAUUGAAACUUUGAGAAAACUGCUUCAAGAGAGGGAUCUGUUGAACAAAGAGCUGGGAGAGAAGCUUGUGCAUAGUGAACAAAAACUGAAGGAAGUCUUAAAGAAAUGCAGUGUGUAUGAAGUGGAGAAUGCUGAGCAGAAAAAAGUCAUCAGUGAUCUAACAGAAAAAGUUGCUACGCUGAAGGAAAAGACUUUGAAACAAGAUGGCAUGGUAGAAUCAAUGCAGCUGGAUCUCGACCAGACAAAUGAAGAGCUUGACAAAUUGAAUACAAGCCAUUUAGAGGAAAGAUCUCAACUUAUUCAAGAUCUCCAGAAACGUGAAAGAGAAAUUGAUCAUCUUAAAGAAGCACUGGCAGAAAAAGAGAGGGAGUUAUCUGCCUUGUCUUUGAAUAUGACAGAAUAUUCAGAACAAGUUAUAAUCCUGAAGCAUCAAGUGCAAUGCAAAAAUGAAGAAAUACGGGGGAUAGAAGAGGCUUUAUCAAAGGCUGAAAGGGAGGCCGAUUUGCUGAAAGAAGUACAAACAGCCGAUGUAAGAGAUGCAAGCGUGAAAAUAUCUGUCCUUUCUGAGCAGAGUAAUACAAUGAGACUAGAACUGGAAAGAAUUAGAGUUGAGAAUGAAGCUAAAACCAAAGAAAACGAGGAACUGUUAAGACAAAUCAGUGAGUACAGCAUUACAAUUAAGGAUCUCCGUUCUGAAAUCAAGGCCAAUCAUGUUGCAUACCACAACAAUCUUAUGGAGUGUGAGUCACAAAUUACUUUGCUGAAAGAACAAAUUAGCAAAUCGUCUGAAAAGCUACAAGAAACUGAGAAUAAACAAAAAAAAGAAGCUGAAUACUUGAAAUCUCAGAUUGAGGAAAAUAACACUCUAAAAGAAAAAUGGAACAGUUUGCUUAAAGAGAAGGAAAAUAAAGAACGGACUCUUGAAAAUGAAUUAAAAUCUAUUAAAGAUUCAUACAACAAACUAGUUUUGGAAGAUGCUAAGAAAGAUGAAGAGUUGGCUCAGUUAUCUAGGAAUCUUACAGAUCAUGCUGAACACCAGGAAUCAAUUAAAAAAGAAUUACAGGAGAAACAAGAGAUCAUUAGUUCAUUAGAUACGAAGGUAGGGUUUUUGGAGCAACAAAAUGAAGAGACUAAACUUAAAUUAACUGAAGAUAUUAAAGCCAAAGAAACACGUUGCGAAGAGCUUAAUAAUCAAUUAAGUGAAAUACAGAAACAAAUUAACAAGAUGGAAAUAGAGACACAGGAGAAAGCUUCAGCUAAUAAGCAAUUGUGGGCAGAUCUUGAGGAGAAAGAAACAAAACUGGCAGAGCAAAUCAAAGCAAAUGAGCAUCUGAAAAAAAGUAUAGAUUUAGUGAAAGAAGAGAAGCUACAGUUAAUCAGUGAAAAUGAAAAUUUGUCCAAACUUCUGGAUGUAAAGGAGUGCGAAUUGUUAAAGAAAAUCCAGGCUGUGGCAGAAAUAGAAAGCAAGUUAUCUAUUAGUGAUGCUGAGUACCAAAAAACUCUUUCAGUACUAAAUUGUGAAAAAAACACUCUAGCAAAAGAAAUUGAACAACUCUCAAUAGCUGCAAAGCAAAAAGAAAAUUCAGUUGCAGAACAGCUGCAGAAUAAAACAAAGGAAUGUAAUGUGUUAGCUGGUCAGUUGUUUGAAAGCAAGGAACAGGCACAACAGUUGCAUGAACAAAUGCAAUCAGUUCUCAUUCAACUGAAGGAUGCUACAGACAAAGAAACAAAGAAAGAAGAGAUGUUAAAUAGUAAGGUAUCUGAAUGUAGUACCCUAAUGCAAGAACUCAGCCAGAGUAAGGAAAAUAAUUUACUGCUGCAAGAGGAAGUUCAAAAGUUAACUUUGGAUUUUGAAGCUAAGAGCAAGUGUCUAGAAGAAAAAAUCCUUCAGUGUGAUUCAUUACGUAAGGAAGUGGAAGACAGUAAAUCUUAUAUUGUAGAGUUGCAGGAAGAAAUUAAAAAUCUUAAAGAAGACAAAAUAAAGUUAUCUCAGUGGGUAGGGGAAAGAGACCUGACUCUAAAAAGGCAGGGUUCAGAACUUGAAAAUUUUCGUAAGCAAGUUUCUGACAAAACUGAAGAAAGUACAGUGUUAAAUAAUCAGCUACAGCUAUUAAGCAAAGAAGUGACUGAGCUUAAGCAUAAAAAGGAGGACCUUUCAAACUUAUUGAGCAAGAAGUCACAUGAAUUUGAAAUUCUUCAGUCGCAGUUGGUACAGCAACAGUCUGAUAUUACUUCUGCAAGGCAACAAGCACACACAGCAGCUCUAGAAAAUGAAAAAUUGAAAGUAGACAUUGAAAACCUUAAUGCAGUGAUAAUGAAAAAAUCAGAAGAAGUAGCUGCUCUAACUUCACACUUGUCCCAACAGAAUCAUAAUAUUUUAGCUCUGAAGGACCAGAUUGAUGGCCUAGUGAUUGAAAAAGAAAACCUAAAAACUCUCAUGGAAGAAAAAGAAACUUUUAUUUCUGAGAAGGAUGUUUUGCUACAACAAAUGAAAGACAGUAAAAUGGCAGGAGAAGGGCAAUAUUUGCAAGUCAUUUCAGAUCUGCAAAACCAAAUACAAACCCUAGGUUUUGAAACCAGCCAGCUUAGACAGACAGUGCAGGAAAAAGAAAAUGAAUGUAAGAGGCAAGCCCAAGAAUUAAAGUUACUAAAAGAUAAAUCUGAAGAGUCCGAUAUACUUAGGGUUCAACUGUCUGAGAAUAUGGAGGUUAUUUCUGACCUUCAGUAUCAACUUAAAAAUAUGACAGAAAAAGCAGCACAGUUGAAUGAUUCAAUUACACAGAAGGAUGAAUGUUUAAAACAAAAGAUAGAUGAAUAUAUCAGUUUAAAAGCAUGCCUUUCUGAUGUGCAGGAAUCAUCCGUUUUGCAGCAGAAACAGUUAGAGCUUUUAUCUUCAGAAGCAGAAGAAUUAAAAGUACUUGUUUCAGAGAAGGAUUUAACUGUUAAUGAUAUUUCAUUAUUCAGUGAGAAUUUAAAGAUGCAACUUCAAGAAAAGGAGAAUGAAUGUGUUGUCUUAAAGAAACAGGUAGUGGAGCUGGAAGAAGUAAAAGUGAAUUUACAAAAAGAAGUACAACAUCAGAAGAAUGUAAUAAUAGAGAAGGACCAGUCCUUAUCAGAAAGUGAAUCCUCCCUUAUAGAAAAUAAAACUCUUCUCAAAACUCUGAAGGAGAAAGCACAGGAUGAUGAAGAGAAGAUAAAUUUAAUCUCUAAACUCCAAAGUCAAGUACAUGAGCUAACACAAGAACUACAAAAAUCUAAAGAACUAGUCCAAGAGAAAGAAAAUGCCUUUUUGUCUCUUCAGGGAAAAAUUGAAGCACAGUAUGAACUAAGAACUGAGUUUAAUGCAGCUCUGAAUAAAAAAGAAGAAGUUAUUGCUGAACUGCUUAAUUCUGUCAAGGAGAAGGAUAUCAGUCUACAGUUGGCAAAUAAAAACACGAGCAUUCUUUCUAAUGAGAUUGAGAUUCUCAGGGAAGAAUUAGAGAAAAGUGGUGCAGCUUUGAAAAACCUUAGUAAGGAAUUUCAGGAAAAGAAUGAAGGCUGUAAUAUUAAUCAGAAGAAAAUUGAUUCUUUGAUGGUUGAGCUUGAGACUGUAAAAAGUGAACACCGUAAAGCACUAGACCAAAUAAGUACAUGGAAACAAGAUUUGCAGCAAAAAGAAUUGGUUGUGGAGUCUCUGCGUGUGACUUGCACUGAACAGGCAGAUAAUAUAGCAUGUCUAAAGUUGGAGUUGAAUAAUGUAAAUUCCAAAUCAUCCCAAGACAACCACGAUAAUGCACUUUUAAUAGGUAGUCUGCAACACCAAGUAGAGGCUUUAGAGAAAGAAAAAAAUAUGUUAGAAGAAGAUGCUGCUAAACUCACAACUGAAAACACACAACUUAUUGCAUCGCAAAAUCAUUUGCAAAAGAAAUUGGAAGAGCUCCAAGAAAUCAAUGGAAAACUAGAAGCCAGUGAGAAUUACUCAAGAAUGCAGAUAGAUGCUGUCCAACUGCAGAUGAAGACUGAAAAAGAGAAGUUACAGAUGCAGGUUAGUGUGAAAGGUGAAGAACUUUCUAAAUUAGAACUUAAAUUUGAAAAUCUAGAGCAAAGUCUGCUUGAGUCAGAAAACAAAUGGGUGACGGAACUUGAUAGGGCAGCUUUACAAAUUAAAAAUCUUACUGAGCAAUUGAAAUGUUCAGAAAGUGAAAUGAAAUCCAAGGAUAGCAAAAUCCAGUCUUUACAGGAGGAACUGGAUCUUACCAAAAAGGAAAUAACUCAAAGCUUAUCUCCAUUACUUAAUAGUAGGCUUUUAUGUAAAGAAAAGAAUGCACAGACUUCAGACUCCCAACUGCAGCUAACUGAUGGUAAAAUACAAUUGGAAAAAUUUUCUGCUCUGAUAACCGCUAUUUUGAGCAAAGAAGUAGAAAGAGAAAAAAUGCAGCUGACUCUAUUAGAAAAACAGAAAGAAAUAGAUAUUAUAAAAGAUGAAUUAAAAAGUAUGCAAUCACUUGAGAAAGAGAAGGAGUUGCUACAGAAUGAUAUUGAAAAAAUGAAGGGUACCUAUGAAUCUGAAAUUGAACACCUGUCACAAGAAAUGAUUGCUGUCAAGGAAACUUUAUGUAAACAACAGCCUCUCUUGCAAGAAAAGAAUAAACAGGUUGAAUUUCUUCAGGACAAGAUAAACAAAUCAGAAGAAAUAGAAAGAGCAAGUCAAGAAAAACUGCAUGUUGAAGGUAAAAAAGUAGCAAGUCUCCUUGAAGAACUGGGAAGAAAAGAUCAACUCAUAGAAGACUUGACUUCACAGGUAAAUCAGCAAAAGGAUUUAAUUUCUGGUCUAAGCCAGCAAAUGAAAGAAAAGGACUGUUCUGUUACCCAAAUCAUGGAAUCAUUGUCCAGUGAAAUGCUGAAUUUUUCUGAAGAGAGGAAUACGUUAAGUAGCAAACUGCAGGAUCUUGAAGCUGUUCAUAAUCAUUCUGUAGGAGAACUAAAUAGAGUGUUGCAGGAACUUGAGGACUGUAAGAAGGAACUGGAAUGUAGUCAGGUUGUAUUAAGCAACAGAGAAGCUGCUUUUAAAGAUUUAAUGAAAGAAAAAGAGGAGAUGUAUCUUAAUCUUGAGAAACUUGGCAAGGAAAAAGAGAAUCUGAAAAAGAAACUUCAAGCAGCACUGAUAAUAAGAAGAGAUCUAAUGCAAAAAGUUGGAAAACUAGAAAAGAGCGGGCAGGAAGAAAUAGAAAAAGAGAGAGAUAAAAGAGAGGAGCUGUUGAAGAAAGUUAAGGAGUUAACAGACAAGCUGAAACUAGUUGAAGAUCAAAAUAAAGAUUUCGAGACCUAUCUUGGAACUUUGAAGCAAGAACUUUUAGAAAAGGAUGACAAAAUAAGUGACCUGAAUGAUAUAUUGUCUGCAAAAGGCUCUCGUUUAGAGGAGCUUCAGGCCAAUAUUGCAGAACUAAAUGAUGUAAUUGCUGAAAAACAAAUUAUCUCUGAGCAGAACCUAAAAUCUUUAGAGGAAAAGGAUCACAUGCUUGCUCAUAUGCAAUCUAUGCUUGAUGAAAAAGUAAGUGCGUAUGAAGAGGAACGUUCUCAGCUCUUAGCAGCUCUUGAAAUGAUUCAGUCUGAAGUUAAGAAGGAAGAAUUGUUGAAAAAUUCCGGUUCUGAAGAGCCCAGUGCCAGGAACAAGAGAAAGUGUUUGGGCUCCAACAAUGAAAUUAAUUUAAUCCAGUUAAAAAAAGAAAAAGAAGGCCUACAAAGGGAACUUUUGGUCAGGGAAGAAGAUACAAGAAAAUCUCAGAAAGAGGGGGCAGAGUGCACUAAGCUUUCAGCAGAUAUUAAUGAACAAAAACACUUGAAGCAUUUCAAACAAGAGCAUAAAGCACUCUGGGAAGAUCUUGGCAAAGACCUUGUUUCUCCUAAGGCAGAGAGAGAAGAAGAAAGUGACCUAAAGAAUUUGGAAUCCAACAAAUCAAUAAACAAGGUUCAGGCUGCAUCCUUUAAAGAGUCAGAAAACCUAGUCACUUUGGUGACAAGUAAAGAUACUGAAUCAGAAGAACUAAGAAAUAAUUAUGCAAAGCUUCAGGAGGAAACAGAAAUGUUAAAGGAAGAGUUGAGAAAAAUAUUAGUUGAAUUUGGUGGCGGUGGAGAAGAUGCAGUAGACUUAAACUCCAUGAGACAGCAGGAGCAGUACCAGGAACAGUGUAAGGAUAGCCUUCUGGAGGAUAUAAAGCAGCUACAGAAAAAGCUGAAAACAUUCUUGGCUGAAAGUGUAGACAUGAAGAUGGUGCUGGAAUGUGUAAAUAAUGAAAAAGAAACACUUGUUAAAAAAAAUGAAGAGGAUUACAGGAUGAGCCAGGAGAAGCUGCAGAAACUGAGAAAGGAAGCUAAUAAGGAAAUUGCAGAAAAGAAUGAGGAAAUAGAAGCAUUGCGUUCUUCACUUAAAGAUUUUAAGGAAAAACUUGGUCUUGAAAAGGAAUUGUUAGAAGAAGCUCUAAAGGAGGGCCAGGAAGAACUCCACCAUUACAAAGCAGCAUUCGAAGAAAUGAAGAGUGAAAAAGAGGAGCUUGUUCAUCAUUUAGAGAAGUCCAGUUUGGAACUAAUCAAUAUGAAAAGGGAGGUAAAGCAUGUCAGUGAAGAAAACAAGAAGCUUCUGACAGAACUUCGUUUGCUACGUGAGAAGGCUGAGAUACGUACUCCUGUAGUUUCAUGCAAAGAGUUUAAAGAAGAAAAUGAUACUGAAAAAGAACUGGUGGAGUUUUGUUCAGAAGGUAGUUUGCUUCAAGGAAAAUUAGAAAGUAAAGGUGCCUCUUCUCAACUGUCCAAGACUGGUUACUCUGGGAAAACUAAUCUGAAAGAAGCAGCAGACUAUAAAACCCAGAAAGAAAUGGAAGUAGUUCCAGAACCACCUUCUGAAACCCAUAAUGUAAGUGAUUCUAAACCACAGGAACGAAGGGCUAUAGCAGAGGAGAAGUCCAAAGACCACCUUCAAAGAAAAUUACAAGCGGCUUUAAUAUCGCGAAAAGAAGCUCUGAGAGAAAAUAAAUGUCUAAAAGACCAGAUUGAUAAGCUGUUAUUGGAAAGAGAGGAACUGGUGAACAAGAUGGGUACGCUUGAACACUUGUUAGAGCUUGGAAGAGAAAAGCAAAGUUCAAAUGCUGUUUCUCCAUUGUGUGAAGAGGAGAGCCUUGUUUCUGAAAAUGCUAGGCUGUUGACUGAAAAUGAAAACCUCACUGCUGCAUGUGAAAGUCUUAAAUCUACGAUGGAGACUAUAGUUCAGGAAAAAGAGGCCUUUUCUUUACAGCUAAAUACCUUAAAAGAUUCUCAGACAGUUGAAUUGACAGGUUGGAAGGCUAAACACAGUGAAUUAAAGCAAGAGUAUGAAUCCCUCCUUCAGGCUUAUGAGAAUAUCAGUACUAAAAUAGCAGAUAUGAGGCAAGUUAUUGAUGUCACUAGAAAAGAGAAACAAGAGGCUAUUCAGAGACUCAGGGAAGGGGAAUCUGAGAAGGAGACUCUUGAGAAGCACGUUCAAAAACUCACUGAUGAAAAUGAAGUUAUUAAGGAUCAGCUGAAACAACUCAGUGAAUCCAAGAAAUUAGAAGUUGAAGAAUUACAAAGUAAAGCAAAAAGGCAGAUAUGCGAACAAGAGGCAAGAAUGGAAGAACACCAGGUUCGUCUUCAUGAACUCACUCAACAGAAUCAUCAGCUAAUGGAGGAAAAUGAACAGCUGAAACAAACUUCCGAAAAUUUAAAGCAGGCUUUAGAGAAAAUUCAGGAUGAAAAUGACAUCCUUCAGAAUAAUAUCACUGUAACUAAAGCAGCUUUGGGAGACCUUCAAGUUCAAAUGGAAGUGUACCAAAAUGCUAUGCAAUCUAAAAUCAGUGAUGCAUUAUAUGAGAAUGAAUCAUUGUUAAAGGAAAUUAAUGUGUUGAGAGAGAAACUCUCUGAAAAGGAACAAGAAAGAAAAUUAAUUUCAGAAAAAGUGAAAGAAACUGAAAAGUCUUUGGACCAUAAAAGUCAUUGUAUCACAAAGCUGGACAUGGAGUGUAAAAAUCUUGCACGAGAAAUUGUUAGUCUAAAUGAAAAAGUUAAGAUUUUAGAAGACGAUAAAUGUCUCUUACAGGAGGAAUUAGAAAAUGCACAAGAAAGUUCUUAUAAAGUAAAGAAUGAGAGGGAGUUCCUUGAGACAGAAUUGCUUAAUCAUAUUAAAGAAGUUGAUCAUCUUACUGAUACAAUGAAAUCAGCACAAGUGCAGAAUAACGUGCUGUUACAGCAGCUGGAAGAAUUAAAGGCGGAGAAGUGUAAUGUGAUUAGAGAAAAAGAAGAACAACAGUUAAAACUAGUAAAAGCGUUUGAGGAGAAGGUGAAAUGCGCACAGAGAGAUAAUAGUGGAAAUAAAAACAGAACAAAAGAAUUACAAGAACUCUUGAAAGAGAAACAGCAGGAGAUCAACCAUUUGCAAAAGGAUUCUAUAAAAUUCCAGGAGCUGAUCCUGGAUUUGGAAAGGUCUGUGAAACUGUCACAGUCAAAAAAUGAAAAGUUUGAAAAGGAUUUAAGUAAUAUGUCAGAAAAGCUUACCAAAUCGAAUGAAGAAAUAUCCCAUCUCAAUGAAAAGCUGUCUUCACAGGUGAGCUUGUUGGAUCAAUCAAGGAAAGAAGUAGACAGGCUUACAGCUGAGAAUCUUAAUUGGAAAAAAGAACUUAAGAAGAAAGAAGAUGAACUACAAAUCCAAAACAGAGAAUAUGUGGCAGAAUUGGAACUAAAUCUUCAACAAUUAAAACUGGUUCACAAACGAGAAUUUUUGAACCUGGAGGAACGACACAGUGCCCUUCAGAGAGAAAAAGAUAGGGCAAUUAGUGAGAUUCAGGGAUUGCAAGAAGAGGUUAGCUUUAAGGAUUCUGAAAACAAGAAGCUUCAGGCAGAUUUGAAUGCAGCUUUGGCACGCUUAGCUGCUUUUGCAAAGUGUAUGUCCUCGCUCCAAAAUGACCGGGACAGGGUAAUCACUGAAAUGAAAACCUGGGAAACACAGUUCAAAGAGGCUAUCCAGAGUAAAGAAAUACAAAUAGAAGACAGUAAUAAAAGAAUAAUGUCCCUACAAGAUGAAUUGAGGGACAAAAUGACUCAGAUUCAAGAACUGAAUAUCAAAUAUUCUGUGGGAGAGGAAACAAAGAAUGAACUGUAUUUAAGGCAAAAAUCUGCUGAUACACCAUGGCAUGAAGAGCUCCGCAGAAUAAAGGAAGAAAAUGUUUAUUUUUUUAAUAGGCAGCAAGAAUUGGAAAAUGCUCUUCAGUCAAAAGAAGAAGCCUUUCAAGCACUCCUUAAAGAAAAUAAUUCUCUUAAUCAUCUCAUAGAGAAUAGUAAAAGCUCAGGAAGAGAGAUAAAAGUACUGGAAAGUAAUUUUACAAGACAAGAACAAGAACUGCAAAAACUUAUUGCUGAAAAGGAAAAAAUUCAUGCUGAGUUGGAAAAGCAGAUUACCAUUUCUGAGCAAAUGAGAAUCAUGCUGAAUAAUAAAGAUAAAGAAAUUUCCUUACUUAUUUCUUCAAAAAGUGAUGAAAUUUCUGACUAUCUGAUUCAGGUACAGUCUCAACAUAGAGAACAAAUCAAAGAAUAUGAGCGUCAGUUCCAGUCGCUGCAGAGAGAGAGACAGCAGUCUGAGGAGUCCCGUCAGAAGAUGGAAAAUGAACUGAAAAAUCUCCAGAUGAAAGCAGAUAAGGCAGGUCAAGAUAAGGCUGCAAUUGCCAAUGAACUAGAUGCUUUUAAAAAAUCAAUGUCAUCUCUUCAGAAUGAUCGUGACGACCUUUUUUCUAAAUACAAAGAGUUGGAGCAUCUUCACCAAAACGUCGUAAAUCAACGGGACAAUCUUAUAGUUGGCAAUGCAAGUGAGAGUAAUGCUUUGAAACAAGAAUUAAGGAUACUACUUAAUCAGAUAGAUGAUCUUCAUUCUGAAAAUGCAAUGCUAAAUGCACAGCUAAUAAAGUAUAGGGAAGAUCUUAACCAAGUUUUAUCUCUGAAAGAUCAUCAAUUAAAAGACUUACUUAAGCAGAAGUUAGAUUUUAUUAAAGGCCUUGAACAAGAAAAACAUGAUCUUCAGAAACAAAUAAAAGAGGUGCAGUUGUCCAGUCAACUGCAAAUGGAUACUGUUGUAUCUUUGGAACAUGAAAAGAAAAAAUUAAUAUCUAAAGUAAAUGAUUUAGAAUCUUUAAUUGCAUCAUUAAACAAAGAGAAACUUGUUUCUGAAUCUGGAGAGAAACUGUUAAGUAGUGGUAGCGUUCAGAAAAAAAAAUCUGUAUCCAAUGGACUGUAUGGAGAAAAACUUCAGAAGAGGAUUGAAGAAGUCCAAAAAUCACUAGGCAGAAAUACUAAAGAUGCAGAUGGGGAGUACAGUAAGACGUUUCUGACGCUUGAGCACAGAUAUGAGCCCGAGGCUUUUACAGAGAUGAUAGUAGAAGUUCAAUCUCAGAAUAGAGAGCUGAGAUCCCAGAAUGAGGCCUUUGGCAAAGCAAUGACUGCUCUGCAAAAUGAUAGAGAUAGGAUAAUAGAGGACUUAAAGACACUUCAGAGCAAAUACGCAUCAGAACUCAGGUCUGAAAAAAAGAAAGGAAUUGAACUGGAAGCUGAAUUGGGUGGCUUUAAAUCCCAUCUUGUCAGUAUACUCCAGGAAAAUGGUCUUCUGAAAAAGGUGCUUUUUGAUCCUGCAAAUACGGGUACACUUGACCAGAUUGCUGAUGAAAUUGAAAAUCUCUGUAGGACAUUUGUCACCCGUGAGCUGGAGAUUAGCAGGCUCUCAGCUGAAUGUGGAAAUUAUGUUCAACAGAUAGAAGCAUUUUCCAAGGCUAUGGCCAGUCUUCAGGAUGACCGAGACAAAUUGCUGCAGGAACUCAGCAAACAGAAGGUAGCUUCUGAAACUAAACAGGGGGGCACAGCUUCAUUUCCCAUUGCUUGCAGCAGCAUCAAUGAUAUUAAUUCUUUUAAAAGUAAUUUGGAUGUGCCUCAGAUCAAUAGGGAAAGAUCGGCUAAAGAAGGAGCCAGCCUUGCAACUGUUGAAAUAUCAAAACUGAAGGCCAAGGUUGAUGAUUUGGAGAAGGCACUGCAUCAGACAAAAGCCUUCCAAGCAGAAACUGAGAGAGAGAUUGCAUCGUACCAGAGUGAACUUGCUGGAUUGAGAAUGGAAAAGAACCUCCUCCUCUCCGAGUCCCAAGCACUGCGAAAUCAAUAUCAAAUGACAGUUGCUGAGAAAGACCAGCAGAUUGCAGAACUGCAGAAGCUGCAAGAAGACAUAAUUGUUAAGAAAUCAAUCUCCACUGACAACAUUUACCCAGUCAAGGUUUUAGAAACUGCCUCCCUUUCUGGAGGUGCACACACUCCUGAGGAAGUCAAACGUGUAUUGGCUGAAAGGAAUCAGCUUCUGAAUGAGCUACAGCGCUGUCUUCAGGAGAUGCACCAGAAGGAUCUGCAUUUACAUCAGAUUAAUUCAAAGCAUGUGCAGUCAGCAGAAGAGAAUGCUGUGUUGUCUGCCCAGCUGAAGACUCUGUCUCAGACUCUAAGGGAUAACCAGCUUCGUUACACUGAUUUGCAGAAUCAUUAUUUAAGACUGGAGAGGGAAUAUCAAACAAUGCAAGUGACAUCCUUCCAGGGCACAAUUCAGGAUGAAACUAGAGCAGAAGUUCCCCCUGGGGCACCACAGGAAAGAUCUGCAGUUAUUGUUGAAAUAGACAAUACGGAGCUAAAUGAACUCAGAAAAAGGCUUGCAGACACUGAGCAACAAUAUGAUUCAGUGCAGCAGACUCUCUCACAGCUGACACAAACACUAGCAGAAGAAAAGAGAAGGAGAGAAGCUGCAGAAGAAGCUCUUGGACUCUCUGCAGAGCUAAGUAACAGAUUUGAAGUCAGUAGUUACAGGUCUGUACCUAGUGAAUACACUGUUCGGAUGGAAUCCGAGGAGGAAAGGGAAGCCUUAAUCAUCAAUCCUAGUGAACAUGUUACUGUAAGAAAGGUGAAAAGAGGAGCCCUUUCCUUCAGAAGAUGGCUUCGAGGACGAAGUCUUACCUGUUCUAAGCUGCUGACCUCCAGAGCAAAAUCCCGCUAUUUAUUCCUUACAUACCUGGUUACACUACAUCUUAUUGUUUUAUUGUGCCUCACUGGUGUUCUCUGAAUAAACUGCAGUUUCUGAGUAAAUUAUUUUCCUAUAAGUAAUGGUGUGCCAAUUCAAGAUAAUAAAUUUUUCACAUGCUGCUGUUAAGCUAUGCACUGGACACAGUUGUAUAUAUUCUUGUUACACUGUAUGAAUCUUGAGCUUCUUGUAAGAAAUUUGUGUAUAUCACAGUUGUCCCAAAGUUGACUUGAAUUGGUCUUUAACCGUGGGUUAUUAUAUUUGCUAAGGAGAAAAUAUUGCCCUCGUUUGCCCUAUAAAGAAACUGCUGCAUACAGGUUAUUUAAUAUUGCUUGUGAGUAUGUAAUGAAUGAUUACUACUGAAUGGGUUGUAAAUGAUAUCUUUUCUAAAUAAAAUUUAUUUUAAGAGUUAAACUAUACAUUUUAAAGGAAUAUUCAGUGAUUACUGUUUAUUGGCUUCUUGAUUACAACAGGAAGUUUUACGGAGUGCAAUAAAGAAAGACGAACUGGA